AUGCACCUCACGAGUCUUUGCUUGUCUUUGGCUCCGGUGGUAGCCCUAUUCGGGGACUAUGCCUCGGCAGCCAGCAGCUCGCGUCCGAAUGUGUUGUUCAUCAUAACGGACGACCAAGACCUGCUCAUGAACUCCAUGGACUAUAUGCCGAACGUCAAAAGGCUCAUCGGGGAAAAUGGAGUGACCUUUCCCAAGCACUACUGCACAAGUGCAUUUUGCUGUCCGUCACGAAUGAGCUUGUUUACGGGGAAAUGUGUCCACAACACCAACAUUACCGACGUGGCUGUCCCAUGGGGUGGCUAUCCAAAGUUCAUUACGCAAGGCUUCAAUGAAGACUACCUGCCUCUCUGGCUACAGGAGGGAGGCGUGAACACAUACUAUGUGGGCAAAUUUUCCAAUGCCCACAGUGUCACCAACUACCUCGACCCUCCAUGUGCAGGAUGGACUGGCAGCAACUUUCUCCUAGAACCUGGUGUGUACGACUACCUCAACACCUCAUGGGCGAAGGAUAAUGGCCCUUGGAGCUUCUUCCUCGGAGAACACGCAAUCAACGUCACUACCAACCAUGCGCUGGAUAUGCUGGACACCGCUGUCAACGGCGGAGAGCCUUGGUUCCUCACCGUGGCGCCUGCAGUGCCUCACGUUGGGAUCAAUGCCAGUAACGGGGAGGUAUACUUCCCGAUCGCACAGCCCGAAUGGGCAGAUGCAUUCCCAGAUGCGAAGGUCCCACGUACACCGAACUGGAAUCCCACGCAGGCGAGCGGUGCGUCGUUUCUCCUGGAUCUUCCGUACCAGAACCAGACGAUUGUGGAUGAACUGGAUGAGCUCUACCGCGCGCGACUUCGGGUCGUUGCUGGACUGGAUGUUAUGGUCAGCCAGUUGGUCGAGGCAUUGGAUAACUAUGGCGUGCUUGAUAACACGCAUAUUAUCUACACCACCGACAACGGAUACCACAUCAGCCAGCACCGUCUGGGAUGCGGUAAGAAAGAAGGAUAUGAGACCGACAUUAACAUCCCCUUCUUAUGGCGCGGACCCGGUGUGCCCAGAAACGAGACUAGCAAGUCUGUAUCGACGCAUACCGACCUUGCCCCGACAUUCUUGAAGCUAUUCGGGCUUCCACAACGAACCAGGCUGGAUGGACAGAUCAUCCCGCUUACGAAUGAGAGAUCCGCUCGAGCCACCGAGCACGUCAACAUUGAGCUCUGGGGCGCCGCAGCCGUAUAUGAGACCAAGGUAUUCAGACAAAUUAAACUGCCCGCAAACGUGAGCAACAACACCUACAAGGGGCUCCGUAUCAUCGCCGACGACUACAGUCUGUACUACUCAGUCUGGUGCACAAACGAGCACGAGCUCUACGAUAUGGUGAAUGACUACUACCAGAUGGACAAUCUGCUCUCCGAUACAACAGACAUUAGCAACGUACCCUCAGGGACAUACCUUGACCGCCCACUGAGCGACGUUGUCGCGCGCCUCGAUGCCCUGAUGAUGGUGCUGAAGACAUGCGUCGGGAUAGAGUGCACAAAGCCCUGGCUCCAGCUUCACCCUCAGGGUAACGUCCAGAGUUUGCAAGAUGCGCUGGAUGACAAGUAUGAUGAUUUUUAUCGCGCCCAGCCUCAUGUGUCUUUCAGUGCGUGCAAGAUGGGUUAUCUUACCGAGUAUGAGGGCCCCACGGGUGUUAUGCAGUAUGGCGGGGAUUCUUCUUAUGGGUAUGGCCAGCAGCAAUCUCUGAAUCGGAUGAUGGUCUAA